AUGAAAGUCCCUGACCACUUAUACAAAAUGGAUAACAGUUUUCCCCUCAUACAGCGCACAUCAUGGAGUGACGAGCAAAGAAGAGCUGUGUGGUGUAUAAUUGUCAAAUCUAGAAAGAAUCUGAAAAUAGAAUUGUCACCAAUUGUUGCAACAGCAUUUAUUCUUCUUCAACACUAUUUUAAGAACCCUGGAGAAAAUCCAUAUACUAUCUUCACGUUAAUGGUUUCUUCUCUUUUUGCUGCCUGCAAAGCAUGCGAUUGUUACAGACCUAUCAAGUAUAUCUACGACGAGCUUGCAAGAAUAUUGAAAAUAGCCCCAAAGGAAAUCACAGAAAACAUAGGAACUAAUCCAGAUGAAAUUACUGCAUUACAACCACAAUCAAUGGUAGAUUUAACUCAUUGCGAAAUAGAUCUUCUCAAUGCAGUUGAUUUCAACACUCAAGUAGAGCUACCCUUCGUCCAUUUCGAGAAAUGGAGAGAAUCGCUCAAAACAAAAAUUCCAAAUGAACAAUUUAUGAUGAUUUGCAGCAAAAUCGUUAUUGAUAUAUGCCUUGUUAUAUGUUCUAGGUGCUAUUUAGACCUACCGCCAGAAGUUGCUGCUGCAUCUGCAAUGGCAGAAUCUGUUCCAUCGGAUAUCCUCUCGACAGAGCUCCUCGAGUGGUUCGAGGACGUUAGACAGAAGUACGGAGACAAAGUUUUCAAAUUUGCCCAAAUGUCAAUCGAAGCUGAAAGAGGAAGGACAGCAACACCAGCUCCACCGGAUAAAGCAAGAGUAUCUGAGUGUCCCAAUUGA